AUGCUAUCUCAGCCUCCCAAGAUGAGGAAUUUCUCCUCAAACCACUUAGAUUCAACACAUACUCCCAUAUUGCAGAAGCCAAAGGACAUUCAAGGAACAAGUGAUCCCUUGUCUCCAAAGCAUCAUUUAGGGAUGGAGAGGAAACCAAAUCAUAUUAUGCCAAGAAACUUUGGCAUCCUUUACCCGAAUCUCUUCCAAAUUUCUCCUGCCUUCAUUGCGCCAGCAUACAAUACAGGAAAAGCCUUAGUCCUCAGUUUUAGGAUACGCCUUAAGCACCAACUAGUAUUAAUUCCAACUUUUGUUAGUUUGUUUGUUAGCAUAUUAUUAAGGAUGUUGUUGGUUCCUCUUUCACCUUCAAUUGUCGUCGUUGGACAGUCUCCGGCCACCAUGCCAGAGUUACAAUAUUUUAACGUGCAACAGCAGUUCAAGUUUGCUACCAAUGGUUUAUCAAAGUUUUACUCUGCAAUACCAGAUGGUUCCGCUACACCAAGGUUACAAGGCAAAGUAGCCUUAAUCACAGGAGGAGCAAAUGGGAUUGGCAGGGCCACAGCUUUCGAGUUCAUAAAAAAUGGAGCCCACGUCAUCAUUGCAGACAUUGAUCCUAAAGUGGGUCAAGAAGCGUUCAAUGGCCUGGGCAAUUCAGCCCAAUUUGUUCAUUGCGAUGUGACCAUCGAGUCCCAAGUAGCCGAAGCUGUACAAGUCGCCAUGGAGAAUCAUGGAAAGCUCGACAUAAUGUUCAACAACGCGGGCAUAGCGGGGAAGAUAUUCCCCCCCAGCAUAACCGAGCUCGACUUGGACGAAUUCGAUAGGGUCAUGAAGAUCAACGUUGGGGGAAUUGUGGCCGGAAUAAAGCAUGCGGCUCGAGUAAUGGUUCCGGUGGGAUCGGGGUCCAUUCUUUGCACAUCGAGCAUAAGUGGACUUAUGGGUGGCCUUGGAUCACACCCGUACUCAAUAACCAAAUUUGCGAUACCUGGGAUCGUGAAGUCAGUAGCUAGCAAAUUAUGUCAGACAGGGGUGAGGAUAAACUGCAUAUCGCCGGUUCCGAUACCGACACCGAUGGCAGUACGUCAAAUAGCGGAGAUAUAUGGAGGUAUUCCAGAAGAAAAGGUGGUGGAGAUGAUAAAUGGAGUGGGGGAGCUAAAAGGAGCAGAAUGUGAGGAGAUAGACGUGGCAAAGGCAGCAUUGUACCUGGCGUCGGAUGAAGCUAAGUAUAUAACGGGUCAUAACUUGGUUGUUGAUGGAGGUUUCACCAGCUUCAAGUCUCUUAGUCUCCCUUCUCUAUCGUCCUGACCUCGUUAUCGUUU